AUGAAACAAAAUACUUGAUAAAAAAGAGAAAAACAGAUGUGACGGAAAGUUGACUAACAACAACACGAAGGGGUCAAUGUAGAAAAUAUGGAAAAAGACUGGGUAACUAAUGCAAAUACAGGCACAGCAAAUGAAUAUUUUAGAAUACUGAAAAAUUACUAACAAAAAAAAAAAAAAAACCAGAAAUUCUGAAAAGAAGAAAGAAGUAAGGAGCGAGGGAGAAACCCAAAGGCAGAAACCGCUUUGUUUUCCAUUGAAUCUGAAACACUGAAUCCCCAACUGACAGCACCAUGGAAUAUAAAACAGUUUUGGUUGUAUUUUCAUAUAUUUAUUUGUAAAGAUUGUGAAGACGAGGCAGAGAUCUGGGGAACUGCCGCAAUCUCAAUCCACACUCAUAUCAACUCUUCCCUGUAGGCAGAACCCCAGAAUUGAAUAAACGUUGCUGCUUAAUAUGUUUCUGGAUUCGUGAUCUUUGGUGUUACCUGCUUGGCUGUCAUAUUGUGAUGCCUCUGUGGAUACAGUGACAUUUUCGCCAAAAUCAAUGUCAUCGUUGAAUUGAAUUAGAUUGCAAGUUUGAUGUUGGCUGUCUUGGCUAGUAUGCAAGCGGCAAGGCACACAAAUUAUAUUUUCUAAAUUUUGACGUAGGCAAAAUAUGCCCAAUGAAAGGUUAUUAAUCUUUAUGAGAAAUAGAAGAAAUGGUAUUUAGUAGAAUUGCAGAAGCAAUAUCUGGUGCAUCAAAUGUUCUAUCUGCUACACAUUCAGCUGCAGCUUCAUAUAUGUCACCUGCUUUGUCAUCCCAGGCAAGUAAAAAUGCCACCCACGGGUUUGGUUUUGUCAACUCUGCACACAAGAAUAAUUUGCGCCUAUCUUCAUCACUACAAGAUUUCUCAUCAUAUCGCCAGCUUGAUCCAGAAGCAGCUGAUCUUAUUUCUGAAACUGACAAGGGCAUGACCUAUACAAAACCCUCUCUACAGCGAGAAAAUGCUGGGUCAAGUUUCUCGAAGGAGAAGGGUUUGCCUGGUGGAACCUCAUUUCUGCUCAGAAAGUGGGUGCGCCUAAUCAUGGUUUUCUUGUGUGUACUUUUGUUCAUUUUUUUGACAUACAUGGUUUCCUUGUACAUUUAUUCAAAUUGGUCCAAAGGAGCCUCCAAGUUCUAUGUUGUUCUUGAUUGUGGAAGUACCGGAACCCGAGUUUAUGUGUAUCAGGCUUCAAUUGAUCACAGGAAUGAUGGUAGUCUGCCUAUUGUCAUGAAAUCAUUAACAGAAGGUCUUUCUAGAAAACCCAGUUCACAGAGUGGACGAGCUUAUGAUAGGAUGGAGACUGAGCCUGGCUUUCAUAAGUUAGUGCUCAAUAAAUCUGGCUUGAAAGCUGCCAUAAACCCACUUAUUUCAUGGGCAGAGAAGCAAAUUCCUGAACAUGCACAUAAGACUACUUCUCUUUUCCUGUAUGCUACAGCUGGAGUUCGCAGGUUGCCAGACGCUGAUUCAAAAUGGCUUCUGGAAAAUGCCUGGUCAAUACUAAAGUAUUCACCCUUCUUGUGCCGCAGAGAGUGGGUUAAGAUUAUCAGUGGGACAGAGGAAGCUUACUUUGGGUGGACAGCCCUUAACUAUCGUACGGGCAUGUUGGGAGCCAUACCUAAGAAGGCAACAUUUGGUGCACUUGACCUGGGUGGAUCAUCAUUACAAGUUACAUUUGAGAAUGAGCACCACCAACAUAAUGAAACCAACUUAGAGCUUAGAAUUGGAGUGGUUAAUCAUCACCUUAGUGCCUAUUCUCUCUCUGGCUAUGGUUUGAAUGAUGCAUUUGACAAGUCUGUAGUUCAUUUAUUAAGGAGGCUCCCUGAUGGCUCCAAUGCCAAUCUGAUUAACGGAAAGAUAGAAAUUAAACAUCCUUGCUUGCACUCUGGGUACAAGGAACAAUAUAUCUGUUCUCAAUGUGCUUCUAAAGACCAAGAAAGUGGGAGUCCUGUAGUUGGAGGGAAAAUUUUGGAUAAAGGAGGAAAAUCAGGAAUUUCUUUGCAGCUUAUAGGUGCUCCAAAUUGGGAGCAAUGCAGUGGAAUUGCCAAAGUUGCUGUCAAUCUAUCUGAAUGGUCAAAUCUAUACCCAGGGAUUGAUUGUGAUUUGCAACCUUGUUCUCUUUCUGAUAGCUUGCCUCGCCCUUAUGGCCAGUUCUAUGCAAUGUCUGGCUUUUUUGUGGUAUAUCGGUUCUUCAAUCUUUCCUCAGAUGCUGCACUUGAUGAUGUAUUGGAGAAGGGUAGGGAGUUUUGUGAAAAACCUUGGGAAGUAGCAAAAAACAGCGUUGCUCCACAGCCCUUUAUUGAACAGUACUGCUUUAGGGCACCAUAUAUAGUAUCACUCUUGAGAGAGGGCUUGCACAUCACUGAUGGUCAACUUGUCAUUGGUUCUGGAAGUAUUACUUGGACAAUGGGUGUUGCACUGUUGGAAGCUGGGAAAUCUUUUUCAAGCAGACUGGGGCUCCGUGGAUAUCAAAUACUGCAGACAAAGAUCGAUCCAAUAAUUCUUAUUGCCAUUCUAUUCAUGUCAUUGAUUUUGCUUGUUUGUGCACUAUCAUUGGUUAGUAAUUGGAUGCCGCGAUUUUUCCGGAGGCCAUAUCUCCCUCUUUUCCGGCAUAACAGUGCAUCUACCACAUCGGUUCUUAAUAUACCAUCUCCUUUCAGGUUAAAGCGUUGGAGUCCUAUCAACUCAGGGGAUGGAAGAGUUAAGAUGCCCCUAAGUCCAACAGUUAGUGGUUCUCAACAGACACCAUUUGGCUUGGGACAAAGUCCUGGCAGCAGCAUCCAGCUCUCAGAGUCUUCCUUGUACCCAUCAUCCAGUAGCGUUUCACAUAGUUAUUCCUCUAAUAGCUUGGGGCAAAUGCAAUUUGAGAGUAGUAGCAUGGGUUCCUUCUGGUCCCCUCACAGAAGUAAGAUGCGACUGCAAAGUAGGAGAUCACAAUCUCGGGAAGACCUUAAUUCCUCAAUAGUUGAGACACAAAUGGUGAAAGUUUAGCAAAUGCUCUGCAGAAGUUUUGAUGCUACCAGCACUACAAUUUAUGUCAAGCGGGAUGAUACUAGGCUAAUGAUGAGAUGGUCUGAUCAUUAACUCCUCCAGAUUUUGGUGUGAGAGGGAAUUUUGGGUCCUGUUAACUUGGCUCCCCAAGUCACCGGGGUUCUAAAUGCACAUUUCUUGAGAUUUCAAGCAUUGGUUACCAUUCUUAUUUCACAAGCUAGGUGCUGACUCCUUGUUCACCAACCUUAUAUCAGACAAUAAUUUGAGCGUCGACCCGUUCAAGUAUAUUGCUGCCUAACUGGCGCAGGCCUAAUGACCAUCAUUACCUGAACCAUCGUCGGUUCUUAUGACGCAGCUAGGUUAAUAGUUUCUCUACAAUGUUUUCCGAAGGCUUGAGGACAACCAGAAAAAUUUUCUUUUGAUUGGUUAUCAGCAAAUGGUAAUAUGGAAAACGAUUCAAUUAGAUCUGAAUUACAUGAGAAGAAAUUAUAGCAUGAUAUACAAAUCAAUCUUAUAUUUCACUAUAGAUUGGAUCACAGACGGUAUUUUCCCUGCCCUGCUUGUUGAUUUUGAGUAACUAGCAGUUUGGUUAAGCUGACAUUAUCCAGUUAUCCACAACCUAUAUAAUGUAGGCACCAAAGAAAGGAUUAUAAUUUCCCAAAUUAACGGUGAUAUUGGAAUGUCAAGAAGAAGAAGAAGAAGA